GCCUUUACCCUCGCCAAAACCGCACUGAAGACGUGCGCGCCUCAUGCAUGACGCGUCCGGUGACCGGACGCCGUCGACGCACCCGGCGCUGCGCCACUGCGUCGCGCUGCUCCGCCUCCACCUCGCCGCGCCCUCCCAUGCCACCGCCAAGCAGCUGCACGCGCGCGCCCUCCGCGCGGGCGUGCCGCCCGCGCACCCGCUCCUCGCCAAGCACCUGCUCUUCCACCUCGCCUCCCUCCGCGCCCCUCCCGUCCGCUACGCCGUCGCCAUCCUCACCCGCGUCCUGCCCGACCCGGACCCCUUCGCCCUCAACACCGUGCUCCGCAUCGCCGCGUCCUCUCCGCGCCCGUCCCUCGCACUCGCGCUCCACGCCCGCCGCCUCGCGCCGCCGGACACGCACACCUACCCUCCGCUCCUCCAGGCGUGCGCGCGCCUCCUGUCGCUCCGUGACGGGGAGCGCAUCCACGCCGAGGCCGCCAAGAACGGGCUCGCCGCGCUCGUCUUCGUCAAGAACUCGCUGGUCCACCUCUACGGCGCGUGUGGCCUCUUCGAGAGCGCGCACAGGGUGUUCGACGAAAUCCCCGUCCGCGAACGCAACCCCGUGUCCUGGAACUCGAUGCUCAAUGGGUUCGCGGCCAACGGACGCCCCAACGAGGUUCUCACCGUCUUCCGGGAGAUGCUGGACGUGGACUUCACGCCGGAUGGAUUCACUAUGGUGAGCGUGCUGACAGCGUCUGCUGAGAUUGGCGCACUCGCUCUAGGGAGGAGGGUGCAUGUUUAUCUGACGAAGGUUGGGCUGGUAGGGAACUCACAUGUUGGUAACGCGCUGAUUGAUUUGUAUGCCAAGUGUGGCGGCGUAGAGGAUGCGAGGAGGGUGUUUGAGGAAAUGGGGACAGGGCGGACCGUUGUCUCCUGGACGUCACUGAUCGUGGGCUUAGCGGUGAAUGGUUUUGGGAAGGUAGCACUCGAGCUGUUCGGUGUGAUGGAGAGGGAGAAGCUUGUGCCAACUGAAAUCACUAUGGUAGGAGUGCUGUAUGCUUGCAGCCACUGUGGACUGGUCGAUGAUGGGUUUACGUAUUUUAACAGGAUGAAAGAGGAGUACGGCAUUGCACCAAGGGUUGAGCAUUUGGGAUGCAUGGUGGAUCUGUUGGGGAGAGCGGGCAAAGUCGAGGAAGCAUAUGAUUAUAUCCUCACCAUGCCACUGGAGCCCAAUGCUGUCGUGUGGAGGACCUUGUUGGGUGCUUGUGCAAUGCACAAGAAGUUGGAGCUUGGGGAGGCUGCUUGGGCACGGCUGGUUGAGCUUGAUCCAGGGCAUAGCGGAGGCUACGUUCUCCUCUCGAACCUUUAUGCUGCUGUUGGGAGAUGGGCCGACGUUCAUGUGCUUAGGAAAAGAAUGGCCAAGGAUAGAGUGAGGAAGAACCCUGGGCGCAGCCUUGUGGAGCUCCGCAACUCUGUGUAUGAGUUUGUUAUGGGUGAUAGGUCUCAUCCUGAGAGUGAACAGAUAUACCAGAUGCUUGCUGAGAUAGCUGAUAGGUUGAAACGUGAAGGUUACAUCCCACGCACAAGCAAUGUGUUGGCAGAUAUAGAGGAGGAAGAGAAAGAGACUGCCUUGAACUACCAUAGCGAGAGGUUGGCCAUUGCAUUUGCCUUGUUGAAGUCUCUUUCUGGCACUCCUAUCAGGAUAGUGAAGAAUUUGAGGGUGUGUGGCGAUUGCCAUACUGCAAUUAAGCUAAUAUCGAAGAUUUAUGAUCGGGAGAUCAUUGUGAGGGACCGCAGUAGGUUCCACCAUUUCAAAGGUGGAUCAUGUUCAUGUAACGAUUAUUGGUAGUUGAUCAGUGCAUGGAUUGGCUGUCCUAUGAUCAGAAAAGUUGUGGUAAGCUCAGGAUUUGAAAGUCAUAUAUAUGGAUUCAGCCUCGGCAUCUAACUUCUGUUGACUGCUGCAAUGGAGGCGCAAUGUUGAGACAGCCUCAUACUUUAUAGGUUGUAUUAUCGCAUCCUACUCUUAAUUUUUCAAAUGAAAGAUGUUUUCAGUACAGCAAGAAUUAGGUUGAGAACAGAUACUCCAGGUUAACAUCUGUGUUUUAUUCCUCUCAAACAACAAAUUAAUGUGGAAACUAUAUGCUCCAAUCAUAUUAAGUUCGACCUGGUUGGAAAGAGUAGGUCUGCAUGAAAUGAUCAGGCCAUGCUUUCACAACUUUCGUUCCUACAACAUCAAUGCAAGACUGCUGGGUCCCUUACAACCUUCCAGAACUUCCAGAGAGCAAGGCUAGAAUAUAACUGCUUUCUUGAUGACACCAUGCACCAAAGGAUGCCAGUUUAAUUCCAGGUGUGACUCAGGCAAAAAAAAAACUUGUAAUCCUGUUCACAGACACAGAACCACCUUCAUUAGGCUUCAAUCUUUGUAAAGGUUCUUCCCUUACUGAACUACUUCCCUGCCCUUCAUAUUAUUUUUGGAUUUUGUUAGUACCACCGACAGGUCAUCAUCGUUCAUCAUUCAAUUUCGGAAUUUCAGUUUCCUUCCCAGUGUAGCACUAGCACAGGGGGGGAAAUUCUUAGGUUUUUCCUUGGGUCCUCGCGAUCUGGUUCACGGAAACCCCUUCAUUAGGCUUCAGUCUUUGGAAAGUGAAGGUUCUUCCCUUAAUACACAAGGAAAGCUCGUCCUCACUAAUCCCCAACCUAUGCUACCAUGAAACAAGAAAAGGAAUGAGAACAUGCACUUGGGUCCUUCACAUCUCAUGGAAUCUGCUGCCUAUGUUUCCUUUUUGUCCCCUCAGAAAUCAUGCCCAUGCAUGCAUACCAGGAUGAGAAUCUCAUGGUUUCCUGGCCUUCAAGUCAUUCCCCUCAAUAUUAUAGUGUAUUCAUAAAGGCCGCUGUACUGCUUGCACAAUCUAAGAAAUGAGAUGCUGGUGUAAUCCUUUAUAGCCUACCUUGCUUCAGGCAUGCUGCAAGACUGCAGUCCUACCACCUUAGUGAACCAUCUGCAUGCAUGCUUUUUAAGCAUGGUAAAGCUCUCUAAUUUCAUCCUGUUCAAUAGGAAAAGCAUCAAAUGCUAGUAGUAAAUGGUGGUAAUUAUAGUCAUGUUAGUCAAACUGAGACCAAAUAGGCUGAUGUUCUAAUAGACGGCUCGUCCUCUGUCAGACGCAGAAUGCACCUCCCUCUGUACAAUGGUCCUUGGUGCCACUUUCCAUGGCCAUAAGUAUGCACCACAGCGAGCACCCUGGGGGCUGGGGUGCUUUCUGUGUGCACGUCUUGCUUAGUGGCUCUAGUGUAAUCCUGCACUUUCUCAUGAACAGUGACUGCUUUACUGUCGGUACAUCUGCUCCUCACUCAUACUCUCGUUAUAUUCCCUAGGCACUCACUCACACACACACACACACACACGGGAGAGGAAAGAGGGCCGAGUGAAAAGCAGGGACAGUCUUGCGGUUUUGUAACUUGUGGUUCAGCCAUGAAGAGGAAGGAGCUGGUGAUCAUGCACGGCGGCGUUUUGGUUCUUGGUUGGUUCAUAGCCUCUGCGGCCGCCGGACGCUUGGCGCCACAGGAGAAGGCGGAGUCGGUGACGCCGAUCCCGACGCUGUCGCCGCCGGAGGGCAACACGACGUUCAUCGACGGCGUGACGUGGUGCGUGGCCCGGCCGGGCGCCACCCAGGAGGACCUCCAGAGCGCGCUGGACUGGGCGUGCGGGCCCGGCGGCGCCGACUGCUCCCAGCUGCAGCCGGGCGGGCGGUGCUACCAGCCGGACACGCUCCUCACCCACGCCUCCUACGCCUUCAACAUCUUCUACCAGCAGAACGGCAACUCCGACGUCGCCUGCAACUUCGGCGGCGCUGGAGCCCUCGUCAAGCGGGACCCAAGUUUCGGAUCGUGCAAGUUCUUGGCGUCUGAGACAUCCGCGGCAGCAGCUUCGUCGGCGAUGCUGGACAGAAGGGCGUGGAUAGCCAUGGUCGCUGCAUCUCUGAUCGCCCUCUGGCGGAGACUUUAGAAAUCCUCCAUCUUCCUCAUAUGCUUCGCCUCAUCGAGCACUGGGUGCCGCCGGAGAAUGCUACACGUGACGUGACGUGACGCGAAAUGAGUGCGAUGGUAGUUUCUUCUUGUGGUUCUGUAUGUAAGGAACGGUGCUACUACCUUUUUCGUGUAGAAUUCCUUGAAGAACGGAUAUACUACUAGUAAUAACUAGUCGUGUUUAGACAAAAUGGCUUCCACAGGAGUUUGUUAAGAUUUGGAAAAGUGUUUUUUGUUAUU